AUGUUUUAUGAACAAACUCAAACGAUACACAACGAUGGAUCGAUUCAAGUCCGUAAUACAUUAAAGAUUGCAUCAGAUUUGGCCUUGGAGGCUAAUCUUUCAAGAGAAAAACGAUAUGAAUCUUCUAUGACGUUUUUCUUGUUUGAAAUUAAGCCGAAAGUUAGUGAAACAUCGAUCAGCCAAGCCCAGCUUGCAUCACAAAUUCAUUCACAUCGAACUUUGCGAUUGAAAUAUUCACGUCAAAAAAUAAAAGUAAGAAGAGCUUUGAAUGAUGAUGAGAUUUUCUUGUUUUCAUACGGAAGUACUUUGCUGAACGUCAUUGCGAACGCGGGUUAA